CAUAUAUAUCCAACAUCUACUACAUGUUCACUUCCCGACAAUCUUUUACCAAGUGCAUGUUGGAUUCAGAAUGCAGCUUCCAAAGUAUAUUGCCGCAUCAUUCUUCUGCCUAAUCUUCUCAUCCAUUUACUAUGGAAAAGCAGAGGCGCAUCAAGUUAAUUUCUAUGUGCACAAUAAAUGUCCCUUUCCAAUAUGGCCAGCAACUGCACCAAACAGUGGCCAACCAGUGAUAGCAGAUGGUGGAUUCUACCUUGCUCCAGGCCAAACCCAACGUGUCAUAGCACCAUGGACAUGGAAUGGUAGAAUUUGGGCGAGAACAGGCUGCAAUUUUGCUUCAAAUUGGAAACCAGCUUGUGAAACAGGAGACUGUGAUGGAAGACUAGCAUGCAAUGGACUCAUAGGCACACCUCCAGCCACACUAGUUGAAGUUUCACUCCAAGGAAGAAACCCGAAUUUCUAUGAUGUUAGCCUUGUUGAUGGCUACAACAUCCCCGUCUCUGUCACCCCAAAGAUCACAAACCCAAAGUGCAACAUUCCAGGGUGCUUGAAGGAUCUCAAAGGCUUGUGCCCACCUGAGCUUGAGGUGUUGAAUUCCAAGGGAGAAAUUGUGGCAUGUAAAAGUGCUUGUUUGGCCUUUGAUAAUGACAAGUUCUGUUGUAGGAAUCAAUAUGGGAGUCCGGGGAAGUGCAAGCCAAGUGUGUACUCUAAGAUAUUUAAGGAUGCUUGUCCUAAUUAUUUUAGCUAUGCAUUUGACACACCUACACCUUUGGUGAGUUGUGCUUCCUCAGAGUUUAUAAUAACAUUUUGUCCUUAUGGAUGGGGUGAAGGCGCUGGUGAGCACAAAUCUGAGUAGAAAGUGGUUUACACCUUUGUUGUUCCUGUAUGGAUUUGUUGGUGGGAAUGGAAGUUGGUGCUAGAAUCAAAUUAGCAUUUGAUUCUUAAGGCACUCACUGUUUGAUAUUAUGUGUUGCUAUAAAAGUUGUGUAUUGGUUAUUGCGUGUUAUUUUGAUACCUUAAAGAUA